GGUGUUGACUGAGUGUCCUCAUUUACAUAUGUACGUAAACUUGCAUGAGUACAGAUCAACUCUGGAAGCAGAAAAGGAUGAACUAGAUGCCUCCCCACCUUCAAGAGGGAAUUUUACAUGGGUCCAGGAUUUUAUACAGGACAGAGAAGAUCUGUUUUAGGAUCUACUGUAGUAUGCUUUGCUGGAUGAAUGAAAGUGGAUACAGCUCAUAAAGGGAAAUUAGCAACUAAACUACAUGUUUCAGAUGAUCUGUCAGAAGAGGACAUUGCUAGUGCUGAAAGCAUCUGAGUGUUGCAGCAGAGUCUUUUACCACUUAGAACACUAAGACACACACCCUAAUGGUGGAUUUUAUGUGGUGAUCCCCUCUGAAGCCCCUAUUCCCUCAGGUCUUCACGAGGUUCUUACUCUUUUUUCUUCGUUGCCACCAGAUGAUUAGCAAGUGAAGCCUCUACUGAAUUUCUUCAGCUUGUUGCCAUAAGAUGUUCAGCACAAAUCCUGCAAACUGGGUUACAUUUGAAGAUGAGCCUGUCUUCCAAUCCCCUCAGAAGGCAGAAGGAAGUCACAGUGCCUGCAGAACAAAUGGGCUUAAACUCCUUCUGCCUAAGAUACAUGAUUCUUCAAAUCUGUCAUCUUCCUCCAGCAAUACUUCUCUUUCAUCUCCUGUAUGUGACUACUAUUUCAGCCCUGGGCCUCCAAGUAACUCUCCACUUUGUACACCUACCAAAGAGUAUCCUGCAAGUCCGUAUUUUCCCAAAUCAGGGGCUCAUCAUCUUUAUCCAAUUCCAGAAUUGUCGUGCAGUGCUAAUCUUCCAGUCAAUGGACCAUCAUCUCAAAAACUGACUGCUGUAUCUCAAACAGAGCAUCAUUCAGAGUUUUCUGCGCCUAUUCCAACAAAUGAUGGAACUGCCACAUGUGAGGACAACUCAGAGACACUACAAGACAUCACAGAAUCGCAAACCUUCUUUCAGUAUGUUCAGAAUGACUGUGCUUUUUCUAGUCCCUUUUGGUCUGAACAUUCACCCAAUAUGUCAUCACCUACCUUUGAUAUGCGCAGGGGUCCAUCCCUUGAAAAGGACUGUUGUUCUUCCAAAGAAAUAGAAAAUUUUCCUGAUCAAAAAAUUCUCAAUCAAGGAUCAUUCAGUUAUAUUUGUGAGAAGCUUGAAAACUUGCAGACUGGUUCUUCAGACAGUGAAAGGAAUUUAACUGACAUGCCAUGCAUCUAUACUAGAGAUAGUGUCUCUUCAUUCAUACCGUGCAGCCUCUUCAGCAGCCAAAGAAAAGAUGGCUGGCCUUUCAUGCUAAGGAUUCCUGAAAAGAAAAAUAUGAUGUCUUCUAGACAGUGGGGGCCUGUAUACCUUAGGGUCCUACCUGGAGGAAUACUGCAAAUGUACUAUGAAAAGGGUCUUGAAAAACCUUUCAAAGAAUUCCAGUUGCAGCCAUUUUGCAGGCUUUCAGAACCCAAAGUAGAAAACUGCAGCAUCUCUGGUAAAAUUCAUACUGUGAAGAUUGAACAUGUGACAUACCAGGAGAAAAAGAAGUAUCACCCUAAAGCUGAAGUGGUUCAUGAACCAGAGAUAGAACAGAUGCUGAAACUGGGUACAACUGAUUACAAUGACUUCACUGAAUUCCUAAUGAUAUUUGAGGAGGAGUUGAUGAAGCUGCCUACUAUUUCAAAGUCAAGGAGACAUUAUGAAGAACAAGAAAUGAUCCUAGAGAUAGUGGACAAUUUUUGGGGCAGACUUUCAAAAGCAGAAGCCAGACUAGCUGAAAGUGCUGUCAUUACCCAUAUUUAUUGCUUGAGUUUUGUGAAUGGAAACUCUGACUUCUUUUUCACACUAAAUGACUUGGAGCUUCAAAAGAGAGAUGAGUAUUACUUUGAGAAAGACACUGAAAAGAAAUGGAUUGAAAUCCUUGACUAUCACUUCCAUCAAUGUGUGAAGAAACAAGAGUUUGAGCAGUCAAGAAUAAUUAAAUUUAUACCCCCAGAAGGCUGCAGGAUAGAACUAAUGCGAUUCAGAACUAGAUAUAAUGGAACUGAUCUCCCAUUCUUUGUCAAAGCCCUGAUAGUAGUUCAGGGAGCUUAUGUUGAACUUCAGGCUUUCAUAAACAUGUCCUCUUCUGCUCUGGCUUCAACGCAUGCACAUUCUAUAAAACCCUGUGAAAGUAUUAUGGUACACUUUCCUGUUCCUGCUCAAUGGAUCAAAACUCUUUGGACCAUGAAUAUUCAACGACAGAAGUCCCUGAAAGCCAAAAUGAACAGAAGAGCGUGUCUUGGUUCUUUGACAGAGAUUGAAUCAGACCCUGUAAUACAGGUCUCAGUUGGAACAGCCAAAUAUGAAAGUGCCUAUAGAGCCAUUGUAUGGAAGAUUGACAGACUUCCAGAUAAAAACUCAAGUCCUGAUCAUCCACACAGCCUGUCUUACAAACUAGAGCUUGGGUCGGAUCAGGAAAUCCCCUCUGAUUGGUAUCCCUUUGCCACAGUACAGUUUGUUGUGUCUGAUGCGUGUGCUUCUGGAACUGAAGUGAAAUCACUGGGCAUUGAGAAUGAUCUUCAACCCCAGAAACAUGUGACUUAUAAAACAUGUUAUAAUUGCCAGGUUGAAAUUGAGAAGAAAUGGAUCAGGCUUGAUGGAGAAGAUCCCAAGAAGUGUGGGAGUUGUCAAAUGCAAUAGGAAGAGGAAGAGAGAAAUAAUAUGCUGUGCUCUUAUUGAUAGUUGAGAAUAUGCUUACUACAUAUAUUUGUUGCAAACAAGGGAGAUUGAAAUGCUGUAAGACACAGAAUUUCAGCAUAUAUCUUACAGUUUGUUAUGCUUAAGGACUUAAUGUACAGUUGAAGCUUCUACUCCUACCUUUAACCCAUUGAGUGUAAUGUCUUCUUAAAAGGUAAUACUGUAGACAGAUUUUGUUCACUAUUUUGAAAAUGAAUGGCAUUUGAUAAGAAUUUCUGUAAGUCAAUUGACCAGGAGACAAUAAGCAAUAACAUGAACAUAUUUUGGCUUCUAAUAGUCUAGAAGAAUAAAUUACAGCAUGAACAUAAAUGUAAUUUACUCAUGUAAUCCUAUGUGUUUCUCUUUUCAUUAUGGUAAAAUGGUAAAAUGGUAAAAACCUCAAAUGUACUUUCAAAGAGAUGUCACAUGUAGGUGUAGAUUUUUAGAAUGGCGCAGCUGGAAAAAGAUAUCAGGAAUCUAAAGUAUCUUUUUUGGACCCUUCCUGAAAAAUCCACACAGUUCCUGAAGCUCAUUACAACUGCUGAUAUGUGUUCCUUCACAGAAAUAGACAUUUCUUACAGGAACCAAUUCAGAUAAGCAGUGUUCUUCCUUUGCCCUCUUAUGCUGCAAAAGGAAGCUUUCCCCUCCAUUCUUUGGAGGGCUGCUGUGCCUGAGCUUUUACAAAAAAAGGAAAAUAAAGAAAUUACAGAGGCUCAUGCCCUAGAAAGGUUACAUAGAGCUUUCAUUUCAGUGUUUUGGAUAGAACUGAGUUAAGUUUUACUAUUUUGCCAACUUAUACAUUAUUUUGGAUCCUUAGUGAGAACAGAUGUGAGAUUUGGACCAAAAAGAUGCCCUGAAUUGGCUCUCAAAGAAAGAGUGAGAUCCAGAAAAGCUGAAAUGAACGUGAAAAGUGAGACGUUCCCUUGUAUUCUCAGCCAAGUAAAAUUUUAUUUAAUGGGUGUGUAAAACAUUCCUGAGUCUGAAGAGAAUAUACAACUAUAAAUGUGUGGCAACUAUAAGCAGUUUAACGUUCUAGAUGUUGAUUUUUACAUUUAUUGGUCAGAUGAAUUUGUCCACUUGUGGGAGGUACUAUCUUCAUUCUUUUCUUCAUGGGGCUUGUGUUCACAUGCUAGAGGAGUGUCUACCUCAGUUUUAAUUCAUAUGGAGGGCUCUAUGCUUUACUGCAACUACCCUAGAUGUUUUCACUGCUGCACAUAAGUCUUUUUGGAGUCAAGCUGUAAUACUCGUAGUAUAUUUCAUCUUGCUUUGUCCCUGGUGCAGAUACUCAGCAAGAGCUUUAACAUAACCUUAAGACUUCAGUUAAUUUACCCCAAAGGGGAAAUGAUUUAAAAUAAGUUGAAUUUUAUUAAUCUGGGAAAACAUUAUAAUUUCAGUGCAGCACACAGUGGAAAUGAAUAUUCCAUUACUCUAUAAAUUAUCGAUGUAACUUUCUCCCAACAGUUAAUUCUAAAAAUACCUCAGUAUUUUUAAUCUCAUUGUUCUGAAAUUUCAAAAGAGUUUUUAAUUUAAGAAAACACCAUUGUAUGCUGUUUCAUAGAAUUGAGGAAAAUGUGGCUUUCUUACCUUAAUUGACCUCAAAUAUUAUGCAUUUUACUUAUAGGCUGUCUUGUUCAGACUCCAUCUGAUAGUGCAAAACCCAUUCAUUUCAACAAAACUGUGUGUUCUGAUGUGGACAGCAUGAAUCUUUCUAGAUUGUCAUACUUUAAGAGAAAAAUAACUUAAAAUACACAUCUGCAUAGUUCAGAUAUAAAGCAUGGUGAAUAUAUAUCGGAAGACAGGACAGAGAAGUAGAAGGGAUCUUGACUGCAAUGCAGAGCUCUUGAAGCCUUUCAUUCGUCAACAUUAGAGACAACAACUAAACCAUAAAUACGUUUUGCCCACUUGUUCUUAGGAAGGAAACUGAAAUCUUCACUGAAUUUAUAGCUUAGCUGGUCACCUUCACCUGGUUUUUAAGAUACCAUGAGCUAUAACAUAGUACCCAUUUUAAAAUUACCUUCACU